AUGCGUGUGGGGAAUUCUCACUUCUGCUUUCCUUCUCGGCUGCUGGGGACUCCCGGAUGUCCAACAGUGCCCCGAUUUGACGUGGCCCCGCUCACCUGCGUCUGCGAGGACAGACUCGGGGGGCCACCCUGUGGGGCCCCCCGCUGCUCCCUUCGUACCCGGGGUCGGCUCUUCACCUUCUCCUUCCGGCCGGAGCUGGGCCUGCUCACUGCCUCCUACACCAGCGAGCGUGUGGUGAACGCCUCCCUCCGGGAGCUGAGGGGCCCCCCGACCCGCUGCUUCACAGGAGGCCGCGUCCUGCUGCCCCCGGGCACGGCAGCCCGGGUCACCUACUGCUCCGGCCACUUGGAGGGCGACGUCGUGGUGGGUGCCGACAGGCUGUACAUCCAGCCGCUGAGGAGGCAGCAUCGGGAACGGGCGCCUCACGGGGGCGGUGGCCAGCCCCACCUGAUCCACAGGCGUGCCGCCGUGGUCCCGGGGGACUCCCAAGGCCGGCCUUCACCUCGCCCCCGGAAGCAUGAUGCUGAGGGGAGCGUCCUGCACCUGGAGCUGCUGGUGGCCGUGGGCCCUGACGUCUACCAGGCUCACGAGGAGGACACGGAGCGCUACGUGCUCACCAACCUCAACAUGGGGUCAGAACUGCUGCGGGACCCUUCCCUGGGGGCUCAGUUCCGAGUGCACCUGGUGAAGAUGAUCAUCCUGACACAGCCCGCGCCGUCCCCGCCCCGCCCCUCCCAUCCGCCCGUCCGUGGCUGGUCCAUCUUAACUGGCACCACCUCCACUCGCGCCCGGGGCCUGCGCUCCGACUUGGUACGGGCACCAGCUGAGAACCUCCCCCCCACCAAAUGCCCUCACCUCUCGCGCCCACCCGGUGUCCACCCGGGACCUGAGCCCGGGCCUUGUCGCAGCACAGGACGGGCGCGCUGCGUGUGGGACCCGCCGGGGCCGCGGUCCGGGCCCGCGGGGCGCCCUCCUCAGGCGCACCCAGGCCUCUACUACGGCGCCGAUGAGCAGUGCCGCGUCGCCUUCGGCCCUCCGGCGGUCGCCUGCACCUUCGCCAGGGAGGACCUCGACAUGUGCCAGGCUCUCUCCUGCCAUACGAAUCCCCUGGACCAGAGCAGCUGCAGCCGCCUCCUCGUUCCUCUCCUGGACGGGACAGAGUGUGGCCUGGAGAAGUGGUGCUCCAAGGGUCACUGCCGCUCCCUGGCGGAGCUGACCCCCAUGGGGGCGGUGCACGGGCACUGGUCUGGUUGGGGUCCCCCCAGUCCUUGCUCCCGCUCCUGUGGGGGAGGCGUGGUCACCAGGAGGCGGCAGUGCAACAACCCGAGACCUGCCUUUGGGGGGCGUGCGUGCGUAGGUGCCGACCUCCAGGCCGAGAUGUGCAACACCCAGGCCUGCACGAAGACCCAGCUGGAGUUCAUGGCCGAGCAGUGCGCGGAGACCGACAGGAAGCCUCUGCACCUGUCCCCAGGCAACACCUCCUUCUACCGCUGGGGCGCCGCCGUGCCGCACAGUCGAGUGGGCCAGCACCCUCCCGUGGCGCGCGCCCGGGCCUCACCUGCACGCCCCUCUGUGCAGACGUUCGGCUGUGACGGCAAGAUGGACUCGCAGCUGGUGCCGGACGCGUGCCAGGUGUGCGGAGGGGACAACAGCACGUGCAGCCCGCAGAACGGCUCUUUCUCGGGCGGAAGAGCCAGAGAGUACGUCACGUUCCUGACACUCGGCCCCAACCUGACUGGUGUGUACAUUGCCAACCACCGGCCUCUCUUCACGCACCUGGCAGUGAGGAUCCGAGGGCGCUACAUCGUGGCUGGGAACUCGAGCAUCUCUGCCAGCACCACCCACCCCUCCCUGCUGGAGGACCGCCGUGUCCAGUACAGAGUGACUCUCACUGAGGACCGGCUGCCUCGCCUGGAGGAGAUCCGCAUCCGGGGACCCACCCAGGAAGACAUGGAGAUCCAGGUUUACAGGCGCUACGGGGAGGAAUACGGCGACCUCACCCAGCCGGACAUCACCUUCACCUACUUCCGGCCGAAGCGGCGGCAGCCCUGGGCGUGGGCCGCCAUGCGGGGGUCCUGCUCGGUGAGCUGUGGGGCAGGGCUGCGCUGGGUGACCUACAGCUGUCUGGACCAGGCCGGGAACCAGCAGGUGGAGGCCGCCCUGUGCGGAGGGGACCUGAGGCCGGAGGCGUGGCCGGAGUCCUGCAACCCCCAGCCCUGCCCCCCGCACUGGGCAGCUGGAGACUUCGGCCCAUGCAGCGUCUCCUGUGGGGGCGGCCUGCAGGAGCGGGCGUGGCGCUGCGUGGAGGCCCAGGGCGCCGUCCUGAGGACGCUGCCCCCCGCCCGGUGUGCAGCGCUGGCCCCGCGGCCGGCCGAGGUGGACACCUGCAACCCCCAGCCCUGCCCCACAGGGUGGGAGGUGUCAGACGCUUGCUCGUUGGCCUGUGGAGCAGACCUGGCCACACAGAAUGUGACGUGUGUGCAGGGGGCAGAUGGCCCGAAGGCACCAAUGACAGCUGGGCCCUGCUCCACAGACAAGCCACCUGCCCUCGAGCCCUGUACGGAGACGGCAUGUCCUCCGGGCGGGGGCCAUCUGGACCCCCAGCCUCCGGGAGAGGGGACUGCAUCCCCAUUGGGCAGUGCCAGGCUGGGGGCUCGAGCUGCCCACGUGUGGACCGCCGUGGCAGGGCCGUGCUCCGUCUCCUGUGGCCGAGGCCUGAUGGAGCUGCGUUUCGUGUGCGUGGACUCUGGCCUCAGGACGCCGGUCCAGGAAGAGCUGUGCGAUGUGGCAAGCAAGCCCGAGAACCGACGGGAGGUCUGCCGGGCCGCCCUGUGCCCAGCCUGGUGGCGGUACAAGCUGGCGGCCUGCAGCGUGAGCUGUGGGGGAGGGGUCGUGCGCAGGAUCCUGUACUGUGCCCGGGCUCGCGGGGAGGACAAGGACGAAGAGAUCCUGCCGGAUGCCCAGUGCCGUGGGCUGCCUCGCCCGAGGCAGCAGGAGCCCUGUAGCCUGGAGCCCUGCCCGCCCAGGUGGAAAGUCACAUCCCUCGGCCCGUGCUCAGCCAGCUGUGGUCUCGGCACUGCCACACGCUCGGUCACGUGCAUGCGGCUCCACCAAGGCCAGGACACAGAGGUGGACGGGGCGGCCUGUGCAGCUCUGGCGCGCCCGCGGGCCAGCAUCCCCUGCAUCGUUGCCGACUGCACCUACCGGUGGCAUGUCAGCACCUGGACGCAGUGCUCCGUCUCCUGUGGGGAUGGCAUCCAGCGCCGGCGUGACACCUGCCUCGGACCCCAGGCCCAGGGGCCCAUGCCAGCUGACUUCUGCCAGCACUUGCCCAAGCCGUCGACGGUGCAGAGCUGCUGGGCUGGGCCCUGUACGGGGCAGGCGACACUCAGCCCGGCGCCCCCCGAGGAAGCUCCUGCUCCAGGCCAGACCACAGCUGCCGCUGCUGGUGCUGCCCCGGAGUGGCCCCAGCGCCGGGCCGGCCUCCUCUCCCCAGCUCCAGGGCCCCAGGAGAGGCCAGCGGAGUCCAGUGUCUGCAGCCGGCAGCACCUGGAGCCAACAGGAACCAUUGACAUGCGAGGCCCAGGGCGGGCUGACUGUGCGGUGGCUAUCGGGCGGCCCCUGGGCGAGGUGGUAGCCCUCCAAGUCCUCGAGAGUUCCCUCAACUGCAGCGCUGGGGAGAUGCUGCUGCUCUGGGGCAGGCUCAUGUGGAGGAAGACGUGCAGGAAGCUGUCCGGCUCGACCUUCCUCUCCAAGGCCAACACGCUGGUGGUGAGGCAGCGCCGCGUGCGCUCGGGAGGCGGAGUUUUGCUGCGGUACUCCAGCCGGCCGGCCCCUGGAACCUUCCACAGAGAAUGUGACGUGCAGCUCUUUGGACCCCGGGGUAAAAUCGAAAGCCCCUCGAUGAGUGCAGAUGGGAGGGACGCGGCAGGCUGCCGCAUCUUCAUCGACGUGGCUCCGACGGCCCGCAUCGCCAUCCACGCCCUGGCCACCCACACGGACACCGGCCCUGAGGGGACCGAUGCCAGCUACAUCCUGAUCCGAGACCUCCACAGCCUGAGGACGGCGACAUUCCGAAGGCAGCAGGCGCUCUACUGGGAGUCCGAGGGCAGCCAGGCUGAGAUGGAGUUUAGCCAGGGCUUCCUGGAAACACACAGCCUGCGCGGCCAGUACUGGACACUGCGCUGGAGCGCAGGAGCGGGGCAGGGCCCUGCCCUUGCUUCCUCUCCAGGAGCAUCCCUCAGUUGACCCGUGGGUGCAAAGGGUGCCUGCCCCCAGUCCUGGAAGGGAAAGGAAGGAACCUGACAUUGAUAAGCACCUAUUA